UGUUUAAAACACCUUGUUCUGAGUUAGCUCGCUUCUGCAUUCCGUGGUUUUGCAGGCUCAAAUUGGUUUUUAAGGAAAGUGCAAAGUGGGGAAGAACGAAAAGAACGGACCCAGAACCCAGAUCCUGCCCGAAAACCCAGAUCCUGCCCAAAAACCUUCCUGUGUUCGUCGGAACUAACAGCGCGCGCCGCUGCCGCCGUCGUCGUCGGCACACCAGCGCGUCGUCACGGGAGAUAAGGCGGUUGGAAGAAGAGAUUUUUACAUCCCGGAGCGCUAAUCCGUAUCCAGCGCGGAACGGAAACAGAUUAGGAGAAGGAUGCCCUCGAAAAAGAAAAAGUAUAACGCCCGCUUUCCAGCGGGCCGCAUCAAGAAAAUCAUGCAAACGGACGAGGAAGUGGGCAAGGUGGCCCAAGCCGUACCGGUCAUCAUCUCUCGCACGCUGGAGCUGUUCGUAGAAUCGCUGCUGACGAAAACGCUGAAGAUUACGAACGCGCGCAAUGCCAAAACCUUAUCACCGUCGCACAUGAAACAGUGCAUCAUCUCGGAGAGUCGGUUCGAUUUUUUGCGCGAUCUGGUGAAAAACAUCCCCGACAUGGGCAUUAACGAGGAACUGUCGGGGUCGGAGGCUGGCUACGGGAAUGACGGUGCGUCACCGGCUUCCACGUCGACCUCCUCGUCAUCUAAUGGUGGCGGAGCGGGAGGGACGGCUGGUGUGGUAUCGUACGAACCGCAGCAACAAUCCCACCAUCAUCACCGCCUGGGAGGGGGAGGUAGCGCUAACAGUGGUACGCUGCAACGGUCGGAAUCGUACUCCCCGGCAACGGCAUCCAGUGCGAACCCAUACGGACAGGCACCGAAGCGGGGCUUAAACCAGAGCGGGAUCUUGAAUUUCUACAAAGAAAUACCGCUCGAAGAGGAGGAACCUGAUAACAGUCCUCCUGCGCCACCUCCUAAGCUGACCCGCCUCAAUUCGGCACCGGCCGCCACUGCGAUACCGUACAAAAUCGAUAUAUUAGCCACGGGCGCUGGUGGUAACGAUGCAGACAAACAGUACGCUGCGGGUGCUACCGGUGCGCCGUCGCCCAUUGGAUACAAAAUAGAGCCUGUCAUUAAGCUGGACUACUCGAACCUAGUGUCGUUGAGCUCCGACGCUGCACCCGGGGAAGCAAAUAGUGGCAGUAGCAGCACCAGCAACGUCGUCCCUACUGGCAACACCAAAGCAGCCUCCGGGCCGCAACCAACGGUGAAAAUCGAUCUCAGCAGGCUACCGAUGACGACGGCAGCGGCAUCGACUCAAGCCACCUCCAUAGCAACCCCAAAGCAGCUACAGCUUCAUCCUGUGCCUUCUACGAUCGUGACGCGAACGACCGAACGUCGCGAGCGGCAGCCAUCAUCAACCGGAGGUGGUGGUGGUGGUGGUAGCAACAGUAGUCAACAACAGACCGCUAGCGGUUCGUCGACCUCGUCCUCCUCUUCCUCCUCACCACAGUCCGCACCGACGACACCGAUCAUCGGCCAAAGUCCUGUACCAACGGCACCACCGAUCUUUGCUGCACUCUCCUCCGCGAUCCCUGGAAUGGACGAAGAUUACGACGAUAUUUAAAGCCCUCAACUCACCCUCCACUCCCCCAGCGCCCAGCGAACAAAAACAGACUUCCCCACCCGGUGGGAGAGGACUGGGACCAACCGCGUGGUCACGCGUCAGCAUUUACUAUGCUGUGUGUUUUGUGUGUGUGUGAAUUUGUGUUUGUAAGCUUUUUUUUAAAUAUUAAUCUUCAUAAAGAUUUCUUAUGCCAUCAUCAUUGGUCCCAGGCGUCGCCGAUGGACGUUAGUUGAGUUGUAAAUAGAUGCAGAACAGCGAAACGCCUCGAGAACAAUGACGUCUUUAGUUCCGUUUCGGGUAACGGGCACAGCACGUGCGUGGAUGCACCGUAUCCGGUUCUAUUGGCGGUUGCACACACAUUCGAACAAAAACCUGAUCGGCGAUAGUGCGCAGUGCACGUUAGACGGAGAAACGAAAGUCGUAUCCUGCAGCAUUCGCAAUAGCUAUUUGUGGUGUGAAAUUAAACUUUAAAAAAGGAAUACAAACAACCGUUUAUACCCCCAAAAUCCAAUGGCCAACAG